CCUGAUAAUUCCUGGGUUUGCAAUUUGUGACAGGUAAAUUUGAUCCUUUAGGGCAUAUCAACUCGGGUCCCCAUCUGUUACGACCACCUCCUCCUCAAUGCGCUUGCACACCCUGGAAUAAUAAUUUCUGCAGAGCCGCAGCACGCUUACUCGUUGGGCGGCGUGCUCAGUUGCUUCUCUAGUCAGCCAGAACGCCGGUGAGGCGACACUAGUCGCAAAAGCUUAUGCCCCUCCCCCCCUUCUCGCGUGGAACAUAACGUCCAGUGCCUAUUACUGGUUGUCCACCGUCGUCACAAGCUUUUUCCUUGCGUGGUGAACACGAAGUACCGACAGGCCAACACCCUCUCGCUCAGCUGUCUGUCUGGGUGCCGAGGCCAGAAAGCAGGAGCGAAAAUGCCGAUUGCUACAAAGGGAACUUGUAUGUGGCAGAUCUGUACCCUUUUGCUUUGGCAAUACACUUGUUCAUUCACCACUUUUAUUGCCCAUGUGGUGCUUUGGAAGCGGGACCUAUUUUUCACAUUGUAGGGACAACCCUGCGAUCGUCAAUCAGUAGGCGGCCAUGUGCCCGCGCCAAUCGCUGCAGCAUGCAACUCGUGGGUCAAGCUUGGCUUGGAACAGGAUGUUAAGCAAAGGGAAAAAUCGGAAUGCAUAAAUUGCACCACUGCCCUCGCUAUGAUUAAAAAAAUCGGAGCUGCGAGAUAAAAAGAACAAAGAGGGUUUGAUCCGCUAUUCUGAAUCGCGUGCGAAGCUGUCACUCGGGCCGCUAAAAAAAAGAGAAAGCCCGCUGUAGUGCAGGGUUUAAGGGGACCCUGCCUGCUAUUACCGGAUGACCGGGCCGCAGGAACGUUUCGUUAUCUUGGGCGCGCUAUCGACUUCCAUAGGGCUUCCAAAUUAAGCGCGGCAUUCUCGGCGACCAUGCCCGAGGACCGUUUUUCUUUUGCGAUAAGAAAAAGGCACCUGUCCGGUCUUUUUUCUCCGUCACCGCUACAGUCAAGCUCGUGCCGAUGCUUAUCGCCUCAUCAGACGGUAUCCAGGACGAGACGAACAGUACAACAAUGCCGUGCAGGACUAGGGUCGUAUCGUACGUAGAUGUUGCAAGAGGCACUCUAUCCACGUGCAGACAUCCCUGCUGCAUUUCAGAUAAGAACGACACGCUCUUAUUUCUACCUGCUUAGCGACGAGGUUGCGCAAUUGCGCCUCUAAUUAGAGGCAGUGCUGGCUGGUAACCAGAGCAAGCCUGUUGCAUCGGAUUGGCACUGGGCUGUGACGUAGGGAGCGCAAAGAUGUCACCUUGGACCCCCAAACGGAUAAGGACGCCGCAUCGAUAAUCUUACGGCCAAAAAGAGAGCUAAGACAUGGCGGGCCGACAUAAAAGAUGAGGCGACCACAAAGGGCAGGCACAACCGCUAUGGUGUAGGAACAGUACCAUUUCUAAGCCUGUAUCGCCCGCGCGCGUCGCUACUACCUUCGCGGAGACGUGCUGAUUUUCUGGACAUUCAAAGAUAAAAUAAUAUUUAUUUAUAAGUUAUAGACGAAAACAUUAUUAUAUUUCAGAAUGUUAGAGAUAAUCACACGUACUCUAACAGGAUUAUACAUUUUUUAUGUAGCAUAGAGUUAAAGAUUGUGUAUUUGGGUCUACCGACAUAUAGUUUGGAAAGAGCAAGGUUUCCAAGGUAUGUGAGGAAAACGUAGUUAACACUUUUCAAAAACUUUGUUAUUAGCAUACAAUAUAUAUAAAGACCACAGAUAUCUAUUUGCAAGUAACAUCUUUAUCUCUUAAAUACAGAACUUGCAGAACUAACAAAAUGGGUGCUCCUCCACAAUAUUGCCCAACCGCAAUAAUGCCUUGCUGUCGACAACCGGUCGAUCUUGAAGCUAAUACAGGGUGUGCCUGUCCACAAUCUGUCAAUCUACCAGCCAAUACAGGAUGUUGCUGUCCACAGCCUGUCGAUGUACCAGCUAACAAAGGGUGUUACUGUCCACAAUCUGUCGAUCUACCAGUAGCUAAUACUACACGUCGCUAUCGACAACCUCUUGACGUUCAAGACAAUACUACAACCCCCACAAACCUCGACUGGACACCAAGAAAAAUUAUUUUUCUUUCCCUCACUUUACUUAUUCUUUUAACCAUCGGUAUUACGGUCUCUAUACACUUGGUAAAGAAGAACUACUGAAUUUUGUGGCAUAUGUUGCUCGAGCCGUAACAACACGCAGUAUGCAGCAGGCACUGAAAACAGGCGUUGUUGGCAUCUGUUGCUCGGCUACAACAAGCUAAUCUGUAAUUAUUACUUUUGAUCGACGACAGUUGCGCUACUAGACUAAAAAUAUCACUCUGCCUGUGCUGACUGUGACUCUUACUUCACGAUCGGUAGAAAAUUAUGACUGGCAGGGCUGGUGCUUUACAAGCCCAGGAUAUUUUUGCUAUGCAAAACCCGAGUAUAUUCGCCGUCCCAAAGCCGAGUAUAGCUCUUGUGCUCUUACUUUCAGUUACACACAUGUGGUUGUUGACUUUAGCGAAUGUUAUCACGCUCAACAUCACUGUACCUCGUCAGAUUUGACUUGGUCAUGCCACAAAGCAACUGGAAUUGCGAAGUUUUGGUUUGCAAACUACAUUUCCAUAUUAAACAUUACAGAAUAAUAUAAGUUAUCUUGAUUCUUUUUUCCAAUAGCUAGGUAACUAAUUAAGAGAGUCACGUUUUGACGACCGAGAUUUAAAUAUAAUUAUGU